GCUUACGAUAAGACAUGGCAGGACAAUUGCCAAUCGACCAGGAGAGGGAAUUGAAGAAAGAAGUCAAAAGACGAGGACGGGUGCUAGCUGUUGCUUUAGGAAAACGGGUUACUGUGCCAAGUCCUACUGUAAUUCUAUCAGAAGAUCAUAGUUCAAAAAUCUGCCCCACUAAAAGUACUUCUAUUGGUAUGACAGCAAAGGAGUUAUGUGAAAAUGAUGAUUUAGCUACUUAUUUAGUUCUUGACUCUUUUUUGAAGUUAACUACUCAUAAGAUGAAUCCCAGGUUUCGUCCUCCAAAAGCUAAUGGGGAAGAGCUGAAAAAUAUAGUGAUGCAAUUCUGUGAAAAUCAAAAUUAUCAAGAAGCAUAUGAGAAACUUGUUUCGGGAGAUUGGGCCACAGCAUACUUACUUUCUAAAUCAAGAGCUCAAAUAAAAGCAUUCAGAGAGCAUGUGUACAGAUACCUUCAGAUUUUUGAUUCAAGAUCUGGAUUUGAAAUUUUACCUUGCUCAAGAUAUUCUCUGGAAAAUAAUGAAGGUGCCAAAGUCUGUGCAAGAAAAAACUGGCACAGACAUGAUCGUAUUCCUCUCUUGGUUGGAUGCAUCGCUGAACUGACUAAUGAAGAUGAAAAUAAUUUGCUACAGCCUGGGAGAAAUGAUUUCAGUGUAAUGUAUUCAAUGAGGAAAAACUGUGCCCAGUUAUGGCUUGGACCUGCAGCAUUUAUUAAUCAUGAUUGCAAGCCAAACUGUACAUUGGUUUCAACAGGCAGAGAUACAGCUUGUGUUGAAGUUUUAAGGGAUAUAAAAGCUGGUGAUGAAAUUACAUGCUUCUAUGGUUCUCAUUUCUUUGGAGAAUGGAAUUCACUUUGUGAAUGUGAAACAUGUGAAAGGAGAAAAGUUGGAGCCUUCAGUAAGAACAAAUCAACUAGUCCAGUGCAUUCAGAAUGUGGCAAAUACAGCUUGCGAGAAACAGAUAAACGAUUGAGUCGCUUAAAACAAGUCCAUCAACAAAACAAUGCUGUGCCUGCAAAUACCAGAGGCAUUUCAUUGGAUGAGUCUAGCACUUCCAAUCAUUCCUGUAACAAUUCUCAACCAGCUCUUAGAACUAGAUGUAAAAGCAAUAAUCAACCAAAAAGCAUUGUGCAAUCAAAUAAAUCUGAGACUGUGAUUCUGAGGUCUGUUGAAAGGAAGAGAAAUGUGCCAUGUGGUUCUCCAAAGUUAAGUCGAAGUAAUCUGUCCAGUUCUCUUCAUUCACCAGUUAAACAGUCGAGCUUAAUUACUAGAAAACGUUCGCAUGAAGAUGCAUCUCAUGAACUGGUGGAGAAUGGCGUUAAACCUAAAGAACAGUGCAUGACUCGAAGUCGUUCCCGUGAAAUUGAAUCUUGUAAUGCCUUGCAAAACCUUAAUUGUUUUCCAUUAGUUACAAAUAUUAUUCCAACUCCUGAUGGACGCAAUUUUUUGGAUGAUAGGAAAAAGAAAGUAUCUUGCAUUCCUUCCGUUAAGCUGACAGAUACAGAUAAAGUUAAAGACAAUUUUUUUUUUAAGAAAAAGAAUCGUAGGUUGUGGUAUAACUGCUCAAAAAAAUGCUGAAAAGUCAUCUAUACCUAAUACCUCUGAUUCAUCUGAAGGUCAAGUUGAGAUGAAAUUCCAGAAUAAUGGUAUUUCUUUAGGUUCAAUGAAUCCUAGUUCAUCUGAGGAUGAAGGAGCUAAUGAAAUGGAAUUCUUGAAGCCUGACCUAGCUGCUGGUUCAAAUCAACUUUCACAGUUAAGCUCUGAACGUUGUUUAAAUUUGAUUGUUCGAGUUGCAAAAGGUAAAACAAAAGGGCAAAUUUCUUCUUCUAGCUCAAUUUCAGCUGAAUGUCCUGCCAGUUGUUGUCAUGUAGCAAUCAAACAACACGAUGAAAUGAUGUAUGAAAUUGUUCCAAAGCAAUGUGAUGGUAGUCAUGCUUCAAGAAAACAAACAUCAGGAGAAAAACGCAGCUUAUCAAUGUCUACAAAUGGUGCUAAUCACAAUCUUGUUUUUGAAGAAACUUUAAGUGUUCAACUCUGUGCAACAGCAAAAGCCGGAUCAAACAUUGAUUGGCCUUUGGUGUUUCGUGCUAAAAAAGUGCAUGUGAUAUAUCGUGAUGAGGACAUGUAUAUUGAUAUUCCGCCAAAAAAAUGACACUAAAUGGAGCUUUCUCUCCAUCACUCUGGUCCUACUAUUUUAUCUUUAUUCAUCUUCAUAUGCUAUUGGUUUUGGUCUGAGGUGUUUUCUACUAUGAAACUACCUUCUCAUUUUGAGUUUCAAACAGUAAUAACAUUCUGUUGUAUGCAGUACCCUGGAAAAAUUGUUUGAUUUUUUAAUGCUUAUAAUUUUGAUUUCAAAAACAGUUUUUGUUUGUUUUCCUUUAUUUUAUAUUAAUCUAAUAAUAAAAUUACUGAACAAAACAUUUUAUUACAAAAUGUGGAAAAAUAUUUGUUAAAAUUUAAAAAUAAAACCACUGAUCAACAUAUGUAAAGCAGU